AUGACAACCAUCCCGGAAACGUGUAGCGGCGAGAGAUACCCGCAGGCCUGCUAUCACUAUUAUUCUGCGAUCCACAAUUACGACUUCGUCGAGAGCACAUUUACCUGCGGGGAUGAAAUCGAACGAGAACCCGGCACCGCAACUGCUGAAUGGACCAAACAGCACAAAGACAAAAAAUGGCAGCAUUCGUACUUUAUGCCGCCGGGCACAAAGGAGAAGAAGCUUGGUCAGAUUAUAAGGUGGCUACCCAGAUUUGAAAAUAGCGGCGCGGCAAACACCGAAUGGGCAAGAUUUUGCUCCAAGCACGACGGAGGCAGGGGCAAUGGCCAACUUCAGGAAAACGGACAGAUCAACAACGACCUGGUGGAGCUGAUUAAACCGGGCAAGGAGAUCAAGAGCCCAGGGGAAAACGGCAAGAUGACCACCACCACUCAGUUUGAGGCCAAGUUCACGCGAGCCUAUAGCUAUGCGGACGCCGACGUAGCAAUCAGCCCCAACCAGAUAAAUUCCACGCCUCAUUUUCACUUAUCUCCACUUGGUUGA